AUGUAUCAUCAUCACCAUCAACAACAACAACAACAAUCGUCAGCAUCGGCUGACUCUGUACGAAAAUCAAAUAAUCCGUUCAGACAACCACAACCACAACCACCUCUUGCUCAAAAUGGCCACACCCACUCGUAUAGCCCGCGGAAACCAUCCAACUUGUCCACUUCUUCCAGCCAAUUUGACAAGUGGGUGUUGAAAAACAAACAACUACUUGAAACCUCCGACGACGAGUACGCAGACGCAGAGUCCCAUACUAGUCCCAAUAGAUUCUUGUCACAUUAUCACAGCAAUACAUCGAUAGAAAGUAUAAAAGACGAUAGAAGACGUUUUUUGCCAACACCAGCACAUUAUAAAGCAAAGCCAGUGCCUAUUAGAGCAGACAGCGACUCCAGUGUUGACUACAAAAGGUGUGUAUCUCCUUACAUUUUUUUUCUCGCUUUCGUUUCGUUUCACCUCAUUACACUUCAAUAUGUUCCAUUCAAUCAUUCAAGCAUUUAACCAUUUUUAACCACUAGCACAUGAAACAUGAAAACUCACGCGUCCUGUGUGUUUGCUGUUUCCCUUUCUUUCUCUCCUUCUCUUUCGACUCCACCCGGCUCGAGACAAAGAAGGAGAAACAGAACAAUAGCGAGAGAGAGAGAGAGAGAGAGAAAAAACAAAGCAAGCAGCGGGGGAAAGGGAAGACUGAGAAAAUUAGCGGAGUGUGGCGAGCAAAAUUAGCGAGACAGCGAGAGCAGCUGGCAGCGCCCUGUUUCUCUCGUUCUAGAAUACUACCUAUCCUCCCCACCCCCUGGGCUCAGUCUCCCUUGCUCCUCCGCCUCAAAUAUCGAACAACACGACGAACAAAACAAACACAGUACCGGGGGAUUGUUCUUUUUUUUUUUUUGUUUUAUCGUUGCUAUCUCCAAAUUUUCUUUAUAAAACUUGAAACGAAAUUGAUAAGCUUUCUCGACCCCUUUUUAUUUGGAUCUUUUUUUUUAUGGAGUUGAUUUGGUUGUCGAUUUUCGAUUCUUUUUACUAACGUCAUCGUUGUAGACAAAUGAAGUCAAACAAUCCAUUCGCUUCAGCAUUAAACGAAGAAACUAGAUCACCCGUGCGCGUGCGUGAACGUGAGCGGGCAACACCCCCGGCUCGUCCACCAAAACCAGAGGAGUUUGCUCCCCCUUCGUAUGAAGAGGCUGCUGGGCCCGAAGCGGCCAAGAAGGAGUAUAGGAGAGAAAAGCAGUCGUCGACUUCGACGCCCGCUUCGUCGAAAGAGCACCGUUCCCAUUCAGACCCAGCUGGGCGUGGAAGCAAGCACCGGUCAUCUUCUUCACGCCACAAACACUCGUCAAGAAACAAGUCUCCCAGCAAGAAGAAGGAAGCAGUGCCAGCAAAGAAUUUGGACACUAUAGACAAGUUGGACGUCACUGGCUUUUUCGGCGGCGGUUUCCACCACGAUGGGCCUUUUGAUGCUUGUACGCCUCAUAGAAACAAGAAUGCCAAGAAGGCACCAGUGAUGGCGUUCCCCGUCGAUGGCCCCAACAAUUCAAUUGCCGGCGCAGGUAACGUUGACAAGGAUGCUCAGAUGAAACUUGCGUUUGGAAACUACGAAGAGCCCGAGGUUGAACCACCAGCGGUGAUCAAGACGAACAGAGUUUCCAAUGAUACAUCCACUAGCAUAUAUACUCCCAAGCAGAAUCCGUCAGUCAUCAACUUUGACUCGACCGCUAAAGCUGAGCCUAUCCACGGGUUUUCCACCGCUGGGUUGGGCUCCACCACGUUUCUCGACGGUGCUCCAGCUCCCAAGGCUGCCGAUGACAAUCUCAACUUGAACAAUGGCGGUUUGAGUAGAAAAAAGUCGUUGGUGCAAAGACUUACAAAAAGCAGCGGUUCCGAUCUGAAUUCAAGAAGAAGCUCAAAUGAUGGUUUGUACUCGGCCGUUUCGGAUAACGAAAACAGCAGACGCGGCUCGUUGAAUGGGGUAGAAACAAAUUCUAGCCUUGAUGACGAUUUGAAGCCUCCAGGCAACUCGUUCAUAAGAAGAGUCAAGAGUUUGAAAGUUAGAAAGUGA